AUCCUCUUCCGGAGGUACACCAUAUUCUGAACACGAUUGGUAAAUACCAAAUCUGACGUCAUCAUUUCGCGACCACGUUUACGGUUUUGUUUUUCAGUUGGUGUCCUUUCAUUCUAAAAUUCAACUCUUAAUUAAGUCUUAUUUGUCUUGUCAGCCAUGGCGACAGAAGGUGUGGAAAAACCAAGUGAAGAUGCUCCACCAACUGGAAAAGUCAGCACCAGGUUUGACCUGGAGAAGGAGACUGAGCUUAGGUUUGAGGUCGAGGCAGGGGAGGCAGCAGAGCAAGUAGACCUGGAGCUCCUUACAGGAAUGGCUGAGGUGUUUGGGUCAGAGCUGAACCGCAACAAGAAGUACACAUUUGGACCAGGCUCCAAGAUAGCAGUUUUCACCUGGCAGGGCUGCAGUGUUAAUCUUUAUGGAAAGCCAGAGGUGGCUUAUGUGUCUAAGGAUACCCCCAUGCUGCUCUACCUGAACACACACGCUGCCUUGGAACAGAUGAGAAAACAAGCAGAGCGAGAUAAUGAGAGGGGGCCAAGGGUGAUGGUGGUUGGACCUACAGAUGUGGGGAAGUCAACAGUGUGCCGGCUGCUGUUGAGCUAUGCUGUGAGGGUGGGCCGGAGGCCAACACUGGUUGAACUGGAUGUUGGACAGAGUGGGGUUUCUGUACCUGGUACAGUGUCAGCUCUGUGCAUUGAGCGUCCGGCAGAUGUGGAGGAAGGUUUCUCAGUCCAAGCUCCUUUGGUCUACCACUUUGGCUCCACUACCCCAGGGACCAACAUCAAACUUUACAAUAAGCUGACGUCAUGCCUUGCUGAGGUGUUUUCCCAGCGCUGUGAGACAAACAGGAAAGCCAGUGUGGGAGGUUGUAUCAUUAAUACCUGUGGCUGGGUGAAGGGCUCUGGGUACCAGGCUCUGGUGCACUGUGCCUCUGCCUUUGAGGUGGAUGUGGUGCUUGUGCUGGAUCAUGAGAGGCUGUACAAUGAACUCAAACGAGACCUCCCUCAUUUUGUGCGGGUGGUUCUCCUACCAAAGUCUGGGGGUGUGGUGGAACGCUCCAAGGAGUGCCGACGGGAUACCCGGGAUGAGAAGAUUCGUGAGUACUUUUAUGGCUUUCGUGGAGUAUCUUUUUACCCUUUCUCCUUUGAAGUGCGUUUCUCAGAUGUCCGCAUUUACAAGAUUGGGGCACCAUCCAUCCCAGACUCAUGCCUGCCACUGGGAAUGUCUCAGGAUGACACACAGCUAAAGUUGGUACCUGUGACACCAGGAAGAGACCUCACAUAUCAUGUGCUGAGUGUGAGCAGUGCAGAAGAUGGAGAGGAGGGUUCUAGGAAAGGUAUUGUGGAGAGUCCGGUUUGUGGGUUCAUUGUUGUGACUUAUGUGGACACGCAACUGCAGGUGAUGAAAGUGUUGUCCCCUGCGCCAAGACCACUGCCCAGACAUACACUGCUGAUAAUGGACAUUCGUUUCAUGGACAUGAAAUGAGGUUGCACUUCAGGGGAGAGGAUACAGACGCGAAAGAUGGAUCAAGUUAAGGAGGGCUUCUAUUUCAGAGUAUUUUUGCAAGAAGAGCUUCAUUUUGUUUCCCAGUCUUGUUUGUGAAUUCUGACGACAGUAGAGUGCUGAAUAUUUCAGAAACUGCUGUUGUUGUGAACUUUUUGUACAGACGUUUGGACAAUUUGUGACGAGGAAUGAAUUGUUUUAGAAUCAUAUUCUUGAUAAUCUGUUUUAUAAAAAAUUUC